GAGUUGCAAUAUGAAACUGUUUGUCAUGUUCGUUACAAAAGACGUGUGUUAACAAAAGAAGAAUUGUAAUGAAUCCCGGUACUGUAACCUGCGAAUUCAUCUUUUCUAUUUCGUGAGGUUUUAUACGUCCGUUUAUUUUGCUGGAAAAAUUUACAUUUAACCCAUUGAGCAAAGUCUAUAUACACUUUUACGAAAGACAACGUAGAAUAGAAUCAACGCGUAUCAACAAUUCAAAGCGAUAAACCAUGGAGUGUCUCUAUUAAAUAAUAUACUUCUGUCAUUAUGGAGAUUACUAAUACGCAAACAUGGAUUCCUGGUGGUUUCACAGAAUACAUGUCGCAGCCAUACCCAAGAGAGGUGACAGCCAGCAGAAGUGGCCCUGAUACUAGAUUAACAGAACUCGAGCAGCAGUUGGAAGUAGCAGAAACGAGAUGUGGUUCUUUGAAAUCCCAGCUAGAUUACAUGAAAAUGAUUUACCAAGGAGUUCAGACAGUACCAGCUGAUUGUGAGUCAAAGAAGGAAAUUGAAUCUGAUAAAAAAUCCAUUGUAUCUGAAUCACUGCAAGCAAAAACAUCUCCUUUGGAAUCAAAGGAUUUACAAGAAACUGUUUCUGUGGUCGAUGAAAAUUAUUACAGUCUCUUUGAAGAUAUACACAAAAUGCAAGAGAUAGUCAAAGAGGACACAUCGACUGGUUUCACACAAAGAACUCCAAGAUACGAUUCCAAGUAUCCAUUGUUGUCACCAAAAAUAGAGAAAUCAUACAGUGUCGUUGAUGAAACGAAUGAAGAGAGCAACACAGAAUAUCAGCAGUUAAGAAGAAUUAAAGCCCGAAACAUCACUCAUAUGUUGACGGAAAGAACGUCAUCACCGUCGCCAAAAUUUUCAUGUUUCGUGGAAGGACACGAGACUUGCAAAGAACAUGAUGUCGAUGAUGCAAAUGCUUUUCAACAUCCUUACCAGAAGCAUUUGAUAGAAUAUUCAAAAGGUUUACAGAGGGACAUACAGAAUACGAAGGAACUUAUAAUAAGAUCAUCGAUUGAAGAUCAAGAAGAACGUAACGAUCCAAUAACGGCUUUGAAAGCAGAAAGCAAGAAACAAGAAUUAGUCUUAAAGAUUACUGGCAGUGCGGAGAAUACGCAUACGAUAAAACGCAGGAAGAUUAUAAAGUCAGAAAGAAAGCACAAAGCAUUGUCAUCAUAUUCGGCCACUAUUAACAAAAAAAUUGCUAAUAGUAAAAUAGAUGACACAAUGUCAGUAACGUCGAAGAUAAAGCGUAAGAAAGGUCGGAUAAAAAGUACUAAUUCAAAGAGUACAAUUUUAACAAAAGACACCAAUAUAACAGUCAAGAAAGAUUUCAAGAAAAGAAAGCAAAGAGGACACACUAUAACAAUCCCAUCUACGGAGAUGCCUAAAGAAUCACGUGUAUUUCCCAAUCAAUUGCCAAAAAGUCGUAACGACGUAGUGGAAAUUUAUCAUAAUGAUGCUGCAGAGAGUGGUACAAUUUCUUUGGCAUCUAGUAAACACUCCAGAGCUGAUCAGCAAUUAAAACAUUGUCAAUCGAUUAAUAACGCCUUCAAGAUCGAUGAAAAGUCAAUACCUGAUGUAUCGUACACCCAUCAGAAUGAACGAGAAUUAUUGCAACAGACCGAAAAACCUGAAAGUAAUAGCAAGCAUAUCCAAGACACACAGUAUCAGUCAUCGUACAAUCACAAUACACAGCAAGUGAAUUGUCAUGAAGAUUACAAACCAAAGCAGUCUAAUAUUCAAAACGAGGCUAUGGAGUGUUACAAGAGUCAUCAUCAUCAUCGAUACAGAUCAUUUGUCGACCCAUCUUAUUACGAUCCUACAGUCAUUAGAAAUUAUGAAAUGCCAACUGUAGCAUCGAAACUUAAACAAGUCAGCAGAUCAUACUUCAACAGAUUUAACUUCAAAAAUAUACCAUUUGUCGUAGGCACUUCUGUAACACCGAGUCACAACUUGGGCUUGAAUAUUCAACAGGUAUUAAGCAUAAUGAAAACACGACCAAUGGCUAAUGGAAUUACGCCAUUACUUAUUCGCAAAGUGAGCAAAGGUAUGAAGCCAGUUUCUUCGCUCUUUGAUCAAAUCAAUGAUCAAUACAGAAAAUCACCGCGAGACACGACUGUCAACUGUAACGGAUGUUUGUCUGAAAAGUAUAAUAAUACUGAUAAAGAAAUUAUGGAAAGUUCAAAAGUUGUCAAUUGCUUUCAACGACAAACACCUAGAAUCAUUACUAUUCCUAAUCUUCAAGAUUAUUGUGAGAAUCAAAGAAAUGAUAUGGCUGCCAAUUGCAAGAGAUCUGAAGGAACUUUGUACGAAGAUGAGAAGCAAAAGGGAUAUGGGCUUGUUACUAAACCAAGCGUGAAGUAUGACAAAACGAUAAAAGCCUCUCGCAAAAGUAUAACAGGAAAUCCUAAUUUGACAUCAAGUACUUUGCUGAAACAACGUCAAGAGGAAUUGAAUAUGAAUAAUGGAUCCUGCAAUGUUCAUACUGUUCCUGAUAAUACAAAAGGAAUAAGAGAAGUACUGAUAAAGUUGCACGAUCAAUUUGAAGAAAUGAAUACAAAUUAUGAAAAGCUGCAAGAACAGGUAGAAAAGACUAAUGACAAAUCCUUGACAAAGCAAAUAGUGGCAAUUGAGGAAGAAUUAUCAGCCAAGGAAGAAGAAAUUAAUGCUGUAGUGGGUCUCUACAAAGAGGUGCUGGCUUUGAAGCAACAAAUGAAACUGUUGCAUGAGAGAAACAGCUUUGUAUGCGUAGCAACUGAAGCUCCUCAUAAUGCUCCUGCUGUUCAUUUGCCUGUUCACGCCAGACCGCAAACUGCAAAUCCUGUAGGAUUUUACUCCAUGAGAAGAGGAAGUGUCAUACCAUCAAUUACACGUGAACCAUCUACUGCAAUUAGAUUGGCAGGAUUAUUGAGACAAAUUCAAAUAUUUCAAAAACAACUGAAACUUACUUCCUAACGCUGUAUCUUUUGAUGAAACGAUAAAUACAUUGAUCGCUGCAGAUAUGGAACAAUUGCGAGUUUAUAGAAUAUCUUACUAGUGGGCAGUACCAUUCGGAAUAUGUCACUAGCGGCAUCUUGCAGCAUAUUAAUAAAAGAAAGUAGAUAUAUCAAGAUAUAUUCUCGAAAAGCUAUUUUAUGUUUUUUUACAUUUACUGUUUUACGGAUAAUAUUUAUUUACGUCGUUGUGAACAAUUAAGAUAAUGUCUACAAAAUCUUCGGUGGAUUUAAGGGCCGAACUGGCUGAACUUGUGAAACGCAAAGCAGAAAUUGCUGACACUUUAGCUAACUUAGAACGACAGAUAUACGCAUUCGAAGGAAGUUACUUGGAGGAUACGCAAUUAUAUGGAAACAUUAUCCGUGGUUGGGACAGAUAUUUAGCCAGCAACAAAAACACAAAUAGUAAAGCAGACAAACGUAAUAGAAAGUUCAAAGAAGCUGAAAGAUUAUUCUCUAAAUCUUCUAUUACAUCUAUGGCUGCAGUGAGCGGUCUAGUGGAGAACACACAAGAAAAAAGUAAGGACCUGAAUGGAUAUUCAUAAUUAUCUAUUUUUUAAUAAGCUACUUAUUAAUUGGUAUCUUACUCUUUUGUAUUCUCUUUUAUCAAUCUUCUUCGAUAGCAGUUAUAAUUUUAUUCCUGUCUUUAUAAGUACUCAAUUAUGUUUAUCUAAGUUACCUGAUUACUGGUUUACUGUAUUGUUAUAUUAUAAAUAGAAUAUGUCUAUUGGUUUUAGAUAUAGCAUUAGUUGUUUUAGUCUUAAGGGAACAAAAUUACUGGUGGCAGCAUACUUUUAAUUUACUACAACUAUUGCUUAUAAAUUUUACAAUUUAUGGUUCGCCAAGAAAGUCUAUCGCUCUAGAACUUUUGAAAAACAAACUUUAUUCUUAUACAAAUCACUUUAAUCCCUAUGCUGAUCUCUAGUGAUUCUGUUCUCUGUUUAUGUAUACCAAGUUAUUUGCCUUUGUUCUCGAUGUGCCUUGGUAGUAUAUAAAAGUUUUUAUUAAUAAAAUAAUGGUGGUAGUUCUCUUGAA